AUGUCGAUGGAGGCCAUGUUAGAUGAGGAGCGGAAAGAAGUUCUUGCCUUGCUGGAAGGACCCAACGGACAGGGAUCGCGUUCUCGAGCUGGAAGUAUGUUCGAAGACCGCUCACCCUCACCCUUCACGACGCCACGGACUUCCGUGCGCAGCAUGCUAGAUAUUGGUGAUGACCACCUUUCUGCUGGCUCCCCCCUCCCCCCUCCCAUUUCCCCCGUGCUCUCUCAUGCUAAGACCGCUUCGUCAUAUCUAGCCCCGGUACGAAGUAUGCUGGACAUCGCCCCUGGCCCGGCAAAACCCGUCCGCAGUAUGCUCGACAUCCCGGCCGCCACCAGCUCCAGAACGCCACUCAGCAAUCCUAACUCGCCUAUAGAACCCAAAUCCUACAAGGGCCCGCACCCACGCAGCUUGUCGGAUGCAGGAAUCAAGCCGGUCGAGUUUGGCCCCAGGGCCUCGGCGCGGUCGAACCCGAUGAACAGCUACCAGUUCGGCGACAUUAUCACCAACCCCAACCACACCGGUCAGGCCCUUCCCAAGCGAGUCACACAGGGCGGAAAGCGCCAGAGUUCGUCAAUGGUUGAGGUUAUGAAGAGCAACGACGUCAGCAAUCUGGUCCUUCCCAGCGAGAGGGGACGUCACACCUCGCUCCCUGGCCCCGGUGUCUCGGCAGCGCGACCCUCGAAUAAGUCCAAAUCCAAGUCCCCACAUGGUCGCUCCGGCAUGCGUUCCAAGUCGCCCCACGAGUUGUUGGCCGAGCGACAACUUAGCCCUGCAGGACGUGCCUUGCUCGACGAAGCUUUGGAUUACAAGAUGAAUACCGCGUACAGACACCUAUCGGAUGCGGCUCUUGUCAGGUCGGGGGGUAACCUGGCAGAAGUGACACUACGAAAAAAGUCGGACGAUGCGCCUGGAAGUGGGAGAUUGGUUAAGGACUAUAUGGGCCCGGAUGGGGAACCUUUGGUGGAAGAUAGUAGUGAAGACAAUGAGAGUUCGUCCGAAGGCGAGCUAGACAGGGGCAGGAAAGCCGCUCGGAAUACCACUGAAACCAAGGCAAAGCAAGCUCCAGAGCUUGCGCAAGGAAACAGGCAGGUUAAGAGCUUAUUGGCUGCGGCAGAGGAAGAACGCAUUCAGGUGGAAAAGCAACAGCCUCAGUACACAUACCGAUCCCUUCUUGACGAACCCGCAAUCACGGUAACCGGACCGUCAGGGCGAACCCGCAAGCCUGGAGUGCACCCUGCGACGAGCUUUGACCUCCCGUCAUCCGGAUCACGCACCCCUAUGGAUUCCGACACUGAGGCGGAUCUUACCGAUAUCAAGCGCGCCCAGAAGCUGUCGUUCGCGGUGACCCAAAUCAUCAGCCAGCCCGAGGUGCAUCGAACCAUCCAAAUCAUUACGCGUGGCGAUUACUCCCAGCUGGUUCAGGAGACGCAGGACGAGCACAACCAGCCACGCAAAUAUCUGGUCGCCACCGACCUUAGUGAGGAGUCGACACACGCUCUGGAAUGGGCUAUCGGCACAGUUCUCAGAGACGGGGACACCCUCAUAGCUAUUUACUGUGUGGACGAAGAAACAGGCAUUCUCGGCGCCGACGGCAACUCGCUCGCAGCAAGCAUGGUCCCCGACGACCCCAAGGCCAUGAGAGAGACAGCCACAGCGCUCGACAGAAUGGCCAAUAGCAAGAGCGCCAUACAAAACGGAGGAGGCGCGGGCAGCCUCUCUCCCUUGGCAGCAACGAGCAUGGAGGCAUCGGGCAUGCUAUCAACAGGCAACAGCUCAUCGGCUAUUGGCGAGGAUCCAUCGCCGACGCCGUCGCACUCGAGCCGGGAGCGCAGCAGGGCCGAGGAGGAGAGAUACCGCGCGGUUCAGGAGAUUAGUGAUCGAGUGACCAAGCUGUUGCGCAAGACGAGGUUGCAGGUGCGGGUGAUUGUGGAGGUGUUGCAUUGCAAGAACCCAAAGCAUCUGAUUACGGAGGUGAUUGAUCAUGUGAACCCGACGCUGGUGAUUUUGGGGAGCAGAGGAAGGAGUGCGCUCAAGGGUGUCAUCCUCGGCUCCUUCUCCAACUACCUUGUCACCAAGAGCUCGGUCCCUGUCAUGGUGGCCAGGAAACGCCUCAGGAAGCAGAGCAAGUACAAGAGGCUACCAGCGACGCACCAGGUCAACAAUAUCAAUAACCCAACGGCGAGGAGCUUGGCCAGCGCAAAGAUUGAUUAG